GAAGGGACCACCUCCUUCUUUGGCUGGUCCCAACCCAAGAGAUCCCGGCGGUCGAAGCUCGUCUGCAACAGGUGCUGUAAUUGGUUCAGUGAUAGCUGGAGUCGUCCUGGUCGGUUUGAUCGUAGCUCUGGUGUUCUUUCUCCAACACAGACGUAAACAAGGCAAGGGAAACAGGACUGAUGCUCUCUCCAUUUCGCCUUAUGUCUGUUAUAAUACUGCAGCAGCUGCUAAAGACGAAUAUACCGAACUAAAGGAAAGGCACUGUAGUGGCAACACGUACGCCGAGGCAAUCGACACAUUCAAAUCUAGUCCCCAGCAUUGCAUCGUUUGAGGCGCUACAUACGCCAUGCCCGAGAAGCCAAAGCCAAAGCCUGACGCUGAGGCCGGGGAUGUCAAGCUUGAUGACGACUACAGCCAUCUUGAUCGUGCUGUGAUCACGCCACCCACAGCAAAUGCUUUCGGCAGUAUGAAUUGUUCUGUGAAGGAAACAGCAAAGUGUUUCGGUGUUAGCGAAAGCACCAUUAAGAGACGCAUGGCUGAGAAUAAUAUGUCAAUUUGAAGGCUGUACAGCACCAUCCCGGACGACGAACUGGAUGGCCGAGUUGAUUUUGUUUUGCGACACAUGCCUAGAGCAGGGUACAAAACUGUCGAUGGGUACCUGCUUUCACAAGGGUUACGAGUCCAAAGACAGAGAAUAAGGGACAGUCUGUACAGACUUGAACCUGAACGACAGGAACUACGACGUGUAAGUGCCGUCCACAGGCGACAUUACUCCGUUGAAUCUCCACUUUCACUUUGGCACAUCGAUGGUCAUCACAAACUCAUAAGAUGGCGACUCGUAACCCAUGGAGGAAUCGAUGGAUUCAGCAGAGCUGUGGUGUACUUGAAAUGUAGUACGAAUAACAAGGCUGCAACUGUUUUACAACUCUUCACUGACGCUGUUUCGAAUUGGGGAUUGCCUUCUAGAGUUCGAUCGGACCAUGGGGUUGAAAAUACGCAGGUGGCCGCGUUUAUGUUGCAACAUCCCCUACGAGGACCUGGGCGAGGCUCCUUCAUAACUGGUCGAAGUGUGCACAAUGCACGCAUCGAACGUCUGUGGCGAGACCUACACGAACAGGUUACGAGCAGUUUCUGUAGGCUGUUCAGAAGCUUCGAGGCAAGAGGCAUCCUAGAUCCAGAUAAUGAAAUGCAUUUGUUCUGCCUGCACAGUGUCUUCCUUCCUCGCAUCAAUCACUGUAUCACAUGCUUUAAAGACAUGUGGAACAAUCACAGGAUACGGACAGCGGGUAACAAAACACCACUACAGUUGUUUGUUUCGGGUCUACAUACAAGAAGAGGAUCAACACUUGGCAGAGAACACUUUGAAAUCAUGAAUGAGGAAGAAUCUAGAGACCUUGGUAUUGACCCAAGUGCCCCACUACCUGCCGGUGAUAAUGCUGAUAGCGACGUUGGGCUAGUAGUUCCACACACCGUGUGCACGUUAUCAGAGGAUCAGCUGGUGCACUUCAACCAACAGAUAGAGUUCAGGGAAAAUACCUUCCAGCAUGAUGUCUUUGACGACAGAGUAUAUUUGUUUGGGUUGGAGACCCUUCACGACACCCUUCAGGACUAAAGACGAUUGGCUAUGUCCAAAACAAAACAACCUUCAGAUAUAGCGUUAAAAACACUAGAAUUAAGCCAGCUUGAACCAAAUACAAAGUGCAGCAUUUCACGUAAAGAAUCGUUCCACCCUUAGGUCUAAAUUGCUCUGUAUCAAUUGAUCAAUUUCCCGUCUUAGUUACUAUAAAGAUCUGCCGUGUUGGCUAUGUUCAUGUUGAACGCAAAAAGAACACAACAUUAAGAUAUGAAUUGCAAUGGAAGUUCAUGUGUAGAAAAUUUCAUUGGUAGUAACAUGGGGUUGUUGACCUAGAACUGUAGCCUACAAAUAGCAAAGCACGUGAAAAAAAGAAAUUACCACAGCUAAUGCUGUAUGCACGAGUAUACACGUGCGGCACAUUUUAUAUUUUAAUGAAGAAAUGUUUAUCUUACUUUUGAAACCACGGGCUAAAACCAGUACUGGAUUUCACCUUGAAUACAUCCUCUUCUAGUACGAAAAGGAGUUUUGAAUGGAAAGGUGAUCAGAAAAGUGAACCUACAGAGAUGAUCCUGGGCCACACGGACACAAUCCCACAAUCCCACUGGUGCACCAGUUCUUGGUCCAAACAGACCCCUCUUUUACAAAGAAUCUCUCGACCAGGCGGAGAAUUUUCCUUUGAAUUGGGACACUGCACACUAAUAAUGUACUGAUAACAACUCCUGUGUCGUGGUGAAUGGGGUCAAUUGGGGGUAGGGAAGAGUUGACAAAUUGAAAGUCCGAAAACUGACUCUGAAAUUGCGAUAGCCUACCAAGAGACUGGCUUAGCUCUACUCGAAACAUAUACAGUGUAUACCUUGGAAUGGUAGGUCUUGUUCCUCCGUUAUAAAGAUAUACUAUUGAUGUUCCUCUUCUGUUGUCAUUGUUUAUGGACGUCUGCAGUGACUUUUAUUGGUUAGCAAAUAGUAUAAUUUUUGUAAUUUGUUUGGGUAUUGUCAUGUCAUGGUUGGUGGGUCUUGGCUGUCCCAUCCGUCUCCAUGUUGAUCGUGGUGUUCCCGAGCCCUGUAAAGUUUUAUGUCGUAAGGGCUGUUUUGAAAGCAGCGGCCUAUUCAGCCCAUUUCUUUUUUUUUCAUCCCAAAGUAUUUGAAAAAGGGUAUGCACAUCCGUUUUACAAAUUUGAAAGUAACUUCCUUAAUUAUUAUUUCUUUGCAGAAGUUUAUUGAUAAUGGUUAUAGUCUUGUAAAUAAUGUAUUGUACAAAGCGAUUAAGCGAACAAGAGAAUA